UAUCCCGCUAACGCUCGAACCGCGAGCACGCACAGGCCUCCCGAACGUCGUUCGUUUGUUCGUCGAUCCGUCCCCCCCUUUCAGCCGCACUGUAUACAUUGUGCAUUAUAUACACACGAUACUAUCGCGUGUUUCGUGAAUUUUUGCAGCUCCGAUACCUUUCUACUACUGAAUUAAUAAUAAAACAACAUCUUGGAAGUCGCGCGAGGUGUGUGAUUUUCUUCUAACACGAGUUUCUGUCUCUAUCGGCGCCCGCCCCCACCGAAAAAUUCAAAUUCACGCGUGUGCUGGCUGCUGUUGUUGUUGUUUUGGUCUCGAUGGUUCAUGCAGUUUCUUGUUGUUGAGUAGUGCAAUUGUUGUUUUACAUCGUGAGAUCGUAUCGAGCUCGCUGUCGCUCUCUGCUCGACUCGCCUGUAUAACCUAGAAAUUCCGCAGUGCGAAUAGUCCCCGAGCGCAGUUUUGUUUAUUUCCAAAGGAUAUACACGCGAGCGGCAGCGCGACGCUGUGAAGUGUGUGCGCGUGUGUGUGCGUGUGUUGUCAACGAGUGCACAAGAAAUCGUCGUCGUCGUCUCUGAAUAUAACAUAACUCGCGUGUGAUAAUCUUCAUCUUCUUCUUCUUCUUGCGUGGGGACUCCUCUGCGCGAUAAGAGACACAAGUGUGCCAAAGGACUGUCUGUCGUCGUCGUCGUUGUUUUUCCUCGAUCGAAAGAGGAGAGACGUUGGUUACGCAUCGCAGCCCAAAAGCACGCUCCGUAUUACAAACAGAGACGUCGUCGUCUCCUCGUGCGCCCAACCGGCAGAACCGCAAAAACGGCGCAAAAAAAGAACGGAGCCAUGGCGAGCACGGGCGAGGUCUGGGUCCAGUGGUUCACCUGCUGCCUGACCCAGCAGCGACCCGGCGCUCGGGCCAAGCGUCAACAGCAGCAGCAGCAAAACCAGUCACAACACAGAGGAGUCAACGGUACGUCCAGUGCACAGACGAGGCACAGGAUAGACCGGAGCAUGAUCAGCGCCCCGACGAAUUUCCAGCACACCGGCCACAUCGGCAGCGGCGAUCUCGACAUGGCCAGCGCCCAUCUCAACGCCAUACAGACGCAGAUGCAGGGCAAGGGCGGCUACGAGACCGCCUUCGGAGUCAAGGCCUGCUGAGAGCCAAUGGCACCGACGGUGCACGCGAACGACCUGUGAAACGACGAGCACGAGCCCCGGCCGGAAUUAAUAUUUAACAAUGAUGAUAAUCGUCGUACGA